GCAUUUGUUUCGUUUUUAAACCACCGGCGGUUGAUUCAUCUUCUACAAAAUCAACAAACAACAAAUACGCGUCCUUGUCGGUUGUGCUUUCAAUUUUUAAACGAAACUAAACUAAAGAUGAAGAGUCUGUUAGUUCUUCUCAUGUUAUUAGGAGUGGCUACUCUUCUAAUGAUGAUCACUCCAGCAAGCCUUCAAAAAGAGCUUCCAAUUACAAUUCAAUCAUCAACAAAGGACAAGGUUAUGGAUGAAUAUUUAAAACAAAUUACAGUCGAAACUAUUGAUUCAAAUGAUGAUUCAGGUAACAAGACAGUUAAUUGUUGUAAUGUUUGCCCAGUUCCAAAGAUUAUUAUUAUUCCAAAAUAUACAACAAUCAAAGUUCCAAUUAAUAUUCCAUAUCCAGUAUUGAAACCAAUUCCACCACAUCACGAUGAUGAUGUUGUUGAUAAAUGUCCAUCUGAUUAUCAAUUCGUUCCACCAAACAAGUGUUCUAAAACAAUAAUUAUUGAAAAGAAGAAGAAUUGUCCAAUUGGAUUUAUUAGAAUUGGUGAAACUGAAUGUUUGAGAUUGGUUAUUAUUCAUAAUAAUAUUCCACCAAUGAAAGUUGUUUGUCCACCUGGAUAUAUUCCAUUUGUAAUUUCAAAGAAUUCAGAGGAAUAUUUGAAAUUGAAGGAUUUACCAAAGGAUUUACCUUCUAAUGAUUUCUUCUUUAAGAAUGAUACAAAGAAUACUGUUUUAGGAUGUAAGAAGAGUAAGAAAAUUCAUAUUGAUGAGGAAAUUCCACAUUGGACUUGUCCAAAGGGUUAUUAUUAUCAUUCUCCUUUCCAUUGUGUUAAAUCAGUUGAAUGUCCAAAGAAGGGUGGUUGGAUCAAGUUGACCGAUGGUCGUUGCAUUCGUACUUUAUUCAAAUGUCCACGUGGUUAUAAGAAAGUUGGUAGACAUGGGUUGACCUGUAUCAAGAUUAACAUGAAAUGUCCAAAGGGAUACAGACAAUCAAAGAAGAAUCCACGUUUAUGUUUAAAGACAAAGAUCAUUGUCAAGAUUAAGUGUCCAAAGAAAUCAAUUUACAGUGAAGAAAAGAAGACCUGUAUCUGGAAGAAAUGUGCUACUGUCAGAUGUAAUGGAGCUUUGAAAUGUCCAAAGGGUCAAAUCUUGGCUCUCAAAUCCAAGAAGGAUUGUUGUCCAUCAUGCGUUCCAUGUGCAUGCUCUGCUGAAUACCAUCCAGUUUGUACCAAGGAUGGUGUCACUGUUUUCAAUUUGUGUUCUGCCAAAUGUUUGGGAUUGGAAGUUAAACAUGAAGGUGAAUGUAAGAUUACUGAAAUUAUCAAGAUCACCAAGACAUGCCCACCAUGUGAUCAAUGUAAGAACGUUCCAAAGAAACCAGUUUGUGGUGUUGAUGGUGUGACCUAUCCAAACACUUGUGUUGCCAAGUGUGUCACUUCUGGUAAAUUCGAAAUGAAGAGAAAGGGCAAAUGCAGUCCUGCUGAUUGUGACGAAGCUGAAUCCAAUAAGACUGUCUCUGAAUUCCUUCCAUUCUUUGAACGUGUUUUAAAGUCUGAAUUGAUCAAUGCCAAACAAAGAAAGCAAAAGAAAUAAAUUCUUCCUCAACUGUUUUGACCCCAA